GAGACUGCAGCCCAGCGCUACAGCGCUACAAGAAUCCAAGCUGGAUAUGAACCUGAGAGCAUGGCAGACUACUUGAUCAGUGGAGGUACGGGCUAUGUCCCUGAAGAUGGAUUAACAGCACAACAGCUCUUUGCUAUCGGUGAUGGACUCACAUACAAUGACUUCCUGAUCCUCCCUGGUUUCAUAGAUUUCAUGUCUGAUGAGGUGGAUCUAACUUCAGCAUUGACAAGAAAGAUAACGCUGAAGACGCCUCUGAUUUCAUCUCCUAUGGACACUGUCACAGAGUCGUCCAUGGCCAUCGCUAUGGCUCUGAUGGGAGGGAUUGGGAUAAUUCACCACAACUGCACUGCUGAGUUUCAAGCCAAUGAGGUUCGCAAAGUCAAGAAAUUUGAGCAGGGUUUUAUCACAGACCCAGUUGUCAUGAGCCCCCAACACACAGUUGGGGAUGUGUUUGAAGCAAAGAUUCGACACGGUUUCUCAGGGAUUCCCAUCACAGAGACUGGCAAGAUGGGCAGCAAGCUGGUGGGUAUUGUGACUUCCAGAGACAUUGACUUUCUGUCAGAGAAGGACCAUGACAGACCACUAGAGGAGGCAAUGACAAAAAGGGAGGAUUUAGUUGUUGCACCUGCUGGGGUCACACUCAAAGAAGCGAAUGAUAUACUGCAACGCAGCAAAAAGGGUAAACUCCCCAUUGUUAAUGACAAUGAUGAGCUGGUCGCCAUCAUUGCAAGGACUGACUUGAAGAAGAACAGAGAUUAUCCUCUGGCGUCCAAAGACUCUCGCAAACAGCUACUGUGUGGAGCUGCCAUCGGCACAAGGGAAGAUGACAAAUACAGACUGGAUCUGCUCAUGCAAGCUGGGGUGGAUGUGGUGGUACUGGAUUCAUCCCAAGGAAACUCUGUGUAUCAAAUCAGCAUGAUAAACUACAUCAAACAGAAACACCCUGAACUCCAGGUGGUUGGAGGAAAUGUUGUGACAGCUGCUCAAGCAAAAAACCUCAUUGAUGCUGGUGUGGAUGCACUGAGGGUGGGCAUGGGCUGUGGCUCCAUUUGCAUUACCCAGGAAGUGAUGGCGUGUGGACGACCCCAGGGUACUUCAGUGUACAAAGUUGCUGAGUAUGCCCGGCGUUUCGGAGUUCCAGUGAUCGCUGAUGGAGGCAUUCAGACUGUUGGACAUGUGGUGAAAGCUCUGGCCCUGGGAGCAUCUACAGUAAUGAUGGGCUCUUUGCUUGCUGCUACCACUGAAGCUCCAGGAGAAUAUUUUUUUUCAGAUGGUGUGCGUUUGAAAAAAUACAGAGGAAUGGGCUCCUUGGAUGCCAUGGAGAAAAAUAACAGCCAGAAACGCUACUUUAGUGAGGGAGAUAAGGUGAAGGUGGCACAGGGUGUCUCAGGAUCAGUACAAGAUAAAGGCUCCAUCCACAAAUUUGUUCCAUAUCUCAUUGCUGGCAUCCAACAUGGCUGCCAGGAUAUAGGAGCCAAAAGUUUGUCCAUUUUAAGGUCAAUGAUGUACUCUGGAGAGCUGAAGUUUGAGAAGAGAACAAUGUCUGCUCAGAUGGAGGGGGGAGUCCACGGCCUCCACUCUUACGAGAAGCGGCUUUACUGA